AUGUCUGACCAGGUCAAGCCCCAGCCGUUGCGGCCUCUACUCCCGGCACCAAAAUCCUCGCAGCCUGCUCCUCCUCCUCCUCUUCCUCCAGCACGCUUCCUUCCAGCUCAAUCAUCAGUCAAGAAGCGUCUACCGAGUACCAAGGUUGCUUGUAACGCUUGUCCUCUUGACUCGUUUCAAGCGCUGACAUCCUCACUCAAGUGUGACGGUAAACGCCCUUCGUGCAAGGCGUGUACAGAGCUGAAGACACAAUGUGUCUAUAUCAGUGCUAAUGAGACGGAGACAGCCGCUAUGGCUUUAAAGAGGGAAAAUCAAAUGCUUCGAGAAAUGUUGAGCCAGCUCACGGCUAUGCCGGAUGAUGUUGCCCACCAGACAUUGAAGAAGCUCAAGUUCGCCGUCGACCCUUACGCUGCUCUUCGCGCCAUAAGACCGUCGGGGCCAAGAGAUGCCCGGGAGAUCCUACCUCAUAUCUCGUCCAAUGUCGAGUUUGAACUCACGCGACGCCAUCCCAUCUUGUAUCCCCAAACUCGGAGAUUAGGUCGUCUCGAGAUGCCCGAGGAUGUCGACUCUAGGCCUUCCAAACUCGCUCGGGUUGAGGACGCAUCCGAAGAGGGUUCAAUUCUCGAGGACCGUCGAGCACCAGAAUACGCUACUGUGGCUGAAGUCCUGGAAGAUGAUCCCUCUACAGCCUCUCCUAGGCCUUCUCGAGCAUUUAACUCGGCCUUCUUUGUUCCACUAAUGGGCCCUAUUCCUCCGCCGACACCGCGCAUUCGCAACGAGCCUCGCCUGAAAGAUUUGAACAUCGCCUUCUGGACCGUAGUGCCCAUCAGUAAUCAGGACGCAGCAGAAGUCAUCUCCCUAUAUCUUGAAACAGAUCAUCCGAUAUUGGGCUUGUUCGAUGCUGAUCUGUUCCUGGACGACUUGGUCUCCGGUGAAGUUCGGUACUGCUCUUCACUGCUCGUCAAUGCUCUGCUUGCUUUCGCUUGUGUCAGUUAUCCCCUAUCCCCCCCUACCCCCCUUCUCUUGAUUAAUGUCAUUGAUUGUCUUUACCAGCAAGCGUAUGCGGCAAAGCAACCUGAAGCGUCUCGAUGGAGUCAAGAGCUGGAAGACGAGUCAAAUAAGCUCUGGCAUGCGCAAAACGAUGAUACCCUGCCUACCAUUGCAGCUUUGACCUUCUUGAUUCAGUCCAGCGGCUGCAAUGGCAAUGGUGAACUCAAUGUCAAGUUCGUCAAAGAUACAGUAGCCAUGGCGAAACGUCUGAGACUCUUUGGGUGUCCCGAUGCAUAUACCUUUGUAGACCUAAAUCGUCUCUCGGAACCACAGGCGAGGGCAUCAGCUCAAGUUGCCUGGGGAGUUUUCAACACUCUGAGUAUGAUAGCCCAGUUCUGUUUACCAGCGACUACUGAGUACCCCCCGACUCUUCCCAUUCCAGGCAGAGCUAGGCUAGGGAACUCAACACCCGGGUCUGAGCACGAGCGUAACAGCAGCGCGAAUAGUACAGCGCCCUCGUCAGACUCGGAUGCUCGCUCCCAGUCUCGAAAUCGCACCAAGAGACGGCGAUCUCCUGCCAUAUCAGACACUUUCGCCGCCUUUUGCGAAUUAUGGGUCAUUUCCUCUCAAAUCACUUGGGUUUAUCAGCACGAUACUAGUCCAGGCCAUUCAUCCCAGGCUUUUGCACUGGAGAAGUACAGCAAACUACUGUCUUGGGCAGACAAUUUGUCUGAAAGUAUGGAGCGUGACGAGCACAGCCCAUCUCAUGUGCUUACCUGCCACAUGUGGUUCCACGGAACUGUGCUCUACCUCUUCAGGCCGUUCAUCCCAAGCGACAAACAGCAUGGCUUCAAAUGCUGGUCACCGUCAGCCGACCAGAUACCUGCCUUUUUUGCGGCCUCCGUCGAGCAGCUCAAAGACCUCGUCGAAGUUUACGCGUUGUACCCGGAAUCGACGUACAGCAUCUUCGGGCACACUGCUCUCAUCCAUGUAGCCAACGCCGUAGCUAGCGACAUAACGAAUCCAGAGUGGCGACCCUACUUUCUCAGCUGCAUCCGCGCCUAUCAAGCCCUAUACAGUUCCUUUACCGUUGCCGAAGUGAUUGCCGGGGGUCUCCUUUCCAUGGUCGUCAGGAAAGGGGGCAUGGACAUGACGGAAGCUCUAGGGCUGCUGGAAGACCUCAGAGCUCGCAAGGGACCCAGGGCGGGCGGCCGGGCGACUGGCAUGUUUGUGACUGAUCUCGAUCUUGCCGUGACGGACCGCGAGGCGGCGAGGGUUGAUCGCUUGAUUGAGAACUUUGAAGAGAUGACCAUCUUGGAUGAGUUUACUCAAGGUGUCAUCUGA